CUUUACCCUCAAAGAGAAGAGGAAGAAAUGCUGCUUCGAGCGCCACCAACUGUUCAUAUGGCCUUGCUCAUCUUUGUGUCCCUUCAUUGUGUGGUUAUUUGUAUAUAGCUAUCUGUAAAUGUGGAAGCAGUGGAAAAACAUGGUGUUUGCUCCUUCCACAUUUUUUCAUGGAUUUAUAACUUUGGAGUAGAUAACAUGUGCAAUUGGUAAAACAGAAACUGGCUGCCGGGUGAGAGUGCUUUAAAAAAUAAACCUAGUGACAUGUAAGGCAAUGGAAUAAGUAAGACUGUGUUUUAUUUUGCUGCUUCCAUUGAAAUGACAGCAUGCAGACAGCCCAUUCAGUUUCCCUUCCAGGGGAGCCAGAAGAGAGAGCAUGGAGUAGCCAGCUAUGCAUUUUAGUGGCAGCUGCUUAGUGACCACCUUUCAGCGCUGAUGAAGCUGCAAGUGCACUGUAAUCAGGGCAGCUGCUGUACAAUGCAUGCUCCAAACAUGUGAGGCAGUAAGUACGUGCCUUUGUAUGUAAUGGAGAGAGACAAUAUUCAUGACUAAGCAAGCACAGCACAGGAGCCAGGGUUAGGAUGUGUGCUAAAUGAUACAGCUGCCCUCUGUGCUGAGGCAUUUAAGACAUAUUUUAGACAGCAGUUGUUGGCCUUUUUUCUGCCUAACAUGCAUAGGAUUGCAUCUUGAAUGGCUUUAAAUGACACACUGGGGCAAAAUAAGUCAGCUUAAAAAAACAAGUAUAAUUGUAUUGAACUUGUUCCAGUUGUUCAAAUUGUUCUAAAUUCUGUUUUAAAUUUUGCAUGGAAUUUUUAUACUUUUUAUUGUGUGUGUAUUUGGUGUUGUAUUUUAUCAUAAAAUAUGUAUUGUUGUUAACUGCCCAGAGAGUUUCAGCUCUUGGAUAAUAUAGAAAUGAAAAUCAUCAUCAAUCAUCACCAUCCAGAUUCCCAACAGUGCUAUGCCCCUUACCCAGCAGUACUUUUAAUCCCAGAGGGUUCUGCUUUUUAGAACUGAACCUGAUACUCAUUGCAAUCCCCAUAGAACUACUGCUAAUGCCUAAUGGAAUUACUCAUGUAUAUGACCAGUGUGGAUAUAUCUGCCAUAGGGCAGAUUCUGGAGAGUCACCAUUGAUGCUGCCCUGAGACAGGCACUUGAAACCCCACAACUCUGGUGUGCAAAUUCUGCUGGCUUCAGGAUUUGAGAGGAAGGUCUCAGGCAACCUCAGAGUGGCUUGUUCUCCCAGAAGAGGCCAGAUAGAUGGCCUCUGCAAAUGACACCCGGCAGAUGCCCAAGGAUGCUGCUGACCAGAACUUUGACUACAUGUUCAAGUUGCUCAUCAUUGGCAACAGCAGUGUAGGCAAGACGUCAUUCCUAUUCCGAUAUGCCGAUGACUCCUUCACAUCAGCCUUUGUCAGCACUGUGGGCAUUGACUUCAAAGUAAAGACUGUCUACAGGAAUGAAAAGAGAGUCAAGCUGCAGAUUUGGGACACAGCUGGCCAAGAGCGAUACCGAACUAUAACAACAGCCUAUUACAGGGGAGCUAUGGGGUUCUUACUGAUGUAUGACAUUUCCAACCAAGAAUCCUUCAGUGCUGUACAAGACUGGGCAACUCAGAUCAAGACUUAUUCUUGGGACAAUGCUCAAGUGAUUCUAGUUGGGAACAAGUGCGACUUGGAGGAUGAGCGUGUGGUACCCACGGAGGACAGCAAGAGACUUGCUGAUGAGCUAGGUUUUGAAUUCUUUGAGGCCAGUGCCAAGGAUAACAUCAACGUCAAGCAGGUCUUUGAGCGCUUGGUGGAUGUAAUCUGUGAGAAGAUGAAUGAGAGCCUGGAUGCCAACCUGGGCAUGGUCAACACCAGCCACAAGAACACAGCACUGAAUGAGACCCCGCCUGCACAGUCCAGCACUUGUUCUUGCUAGAUAGGACUCUGCUUGCCCCUGGGCCCUGUUGUGCCUCAUUGCUGUACACAGACCAGGAGGAAGGCUCAGCAGUCGGACAUUGCUCAGCCUGGUUGCUGGUUGCCUGAUCUGCCCUGUUUGCCUCUGGCUGUGGCUGAUUUUCCUCCAGCAGCAUGCGCCAGUUGCCUGGUGCCCCCUUUCUUUCCCCUGUAGCAUGAUGGGCCUUUUCAAGCAGAGGAGCAUGACUACUUUUACACACCUCAGUUUGUACUCACACUCCAACAUACAACCUAUCUUUGCCACCCAUGUGAUCUGGGCCCAGUUCUGAGCCAAUGAAGAACUUUUCCCAACUUUCUGCAAACUUUCCUGUGUAGUAAAACUAUGACCAUUUUGCAGUGGCAGCCUUCUGGCUUUAUUGCUGGACAGCUUAGUGUAUAAGGUUUUUGCAUACUGCGGCCUUAUAUGAGCUUCUCCACUGUUUAAAAGCAAGUCCAGUGUGACCAGGGGUAUUCUCAUGCUCUAAAUCUUUAAGCAAGAUCAUGCAUGCAUGAGAAAUAGAAUCAGAGGACUGUGACAGGCACCUGUUCCCUUCCACAUUGUUUUCAGUGAGAUGGAGGCUACUGGGUCAGACAAUUCUGUUUUCGUCCCACCUGAGUGUACACACCAGGCAUGAGACAUCUCCCAUAUCCCUCACAACUGGGCCUUGUGCUUUUUCUCUGACUGCUCCCAAACUGAUGAGCAAGAAAAAGCAUCACAUCAAGCUCUUGUUCAGAUUUCUAGAAGACUUUUCCUUUUCUAAUGAGUACCUCAAAAUCCAAAAGCAGCCUAAAUGAGCCACCCUGAUAGCUUCAAAGUAGUUGACUUGUGCAUCACCUUGAACACCCCUUUUGGAGUCUUGGCAGGACUUGAACCUUAACUGGAGGGACAUGUUCAACCUGCAUCUUCAACUAAUGCUCUGGAUUGGAGGUCAGCAAUGAAUUUUCCUUCCAGUCAGACUAGCUAGGACCCUAGGGUCUUCUGUAUCCCAAGACCUGUCUCCGCUGCUUGCUUGAGUCUUUUGAGGUUUCAGUGGACAGCUACUGUGGAGAAGGGGAGCAGACCAAUGUGUGGGGUGCCUAGCUGCAGAGCAGUGGCUUAAACCAGGAGUCUCAGUUAUCCUUUCCAGUUCUAUGAUGCUAGUUUCAUACUUUUCUGAGAAUUUCCUAAUGCUAAUAUUAGAGAUAGGUUGUGUUCACCUGUAUUGCUAAACCAUGCACACAGUUUUCGCAUGGUAUGGUUUCUUAACUAUGUGAGGCUGGCAGACAGUGGCAUGGUUUCUGCUCUCUUGCCUCAAUACUCCCACUGGCAACAUGUAUCCCAUCAGCCUCUGUGGCUGAAAUUCAAUUCCAGGGUGCACCUCUCCUCCCUGCAUCUCCUACCUUUCCUUUAUAGGUCUGCAUAUAGCGACUGGAUGACUAGAGUGGCUCCUGCAAUUGCUGUUCUUUCCACCAGUCCCUGUAGUAGCCACAUGGGUACCACAUUUCUAGGUUUGGAUGAUGAAAUAAGCCAUGGCGAAGUGAGUGCAGAAACCACACAACAGACCAUUGUUUCUCUCUGUAGUUUCUUGGAAAUCAAACGUACCAUGCAGUAAGUCCAUGACUGGGUUCAGACAUGAUAGACAAUCCUACAGUGGAAACCAUCUUUGUUUGUCAUUAUGUAUGAACCCAGCCAUUGUGUUUGUUUAUGGAAGUUCCAGAAGAGUAAGCUGUAAGUUUUUUGUAGCCUUCCCCUGUAUUUGCUGCUUUUCAGGCCUUCGUCAUACUUUCUUGUGCAGUUUUGGAAAGCUGAGAUAUGCUAUGGGUGGCCAGCAUGUACUGAGGGACAAGCUUUCCUCAGCUCAGUUUGGAUUGUUUCAGAAAUAAACUGAGCUACUUCCACCAAAAUUGGGAAAUAGCUUGGCUUAUUUUUGAGCCAAUCUGUAUUUGGUUUGAGCCUGCUUCAUGAGACUCCAAGCCCUUUAUUUCUUCCCAUCCCACUUACCUGGUGGCUGCUGAUGAUCCAGUUGUGGCAGGUCCCAGCAGUGGUGACUUCUUGUGAAGCGCCCAGAGAACUUAGGCUUUGGGGCAGUAUAAAAAAUAGACCUUUCUUUAAAAAGCAAGUGGAAAAACUGGAUGCAGGCUUCUCCUUCCUCCUAGCAUCAUUCUUCUAAGAGCUCCUGCAAUAUCUGAGAGAUAUAUUGCUUGGCCUGGCUUAGGAUGGUCAGCCUCUAGGUUAGCAGUACAAAAGAAAUCUGAAAACGCUUAGUUAUUUGAGAAUUUGACCAAUGAUCUUAAGACAAGUGCCAUACAUAUUUGAUUGCCCAGUUAUGAGUAAAUGUUUAUGUUUACAGGAUCUAGAAUGUCUGCAAAAUGUCAAAAAGAGCGCUUCUUUGAGCCUUCAUUAAAUACAGAGCCCAGCAGUCACUUCCUUUUGAGUCUCUCCCAUGCCCACACAGAGGCCUUUUACAUCUCUGAUUUCUGAAAAGCAAGGGAUUGUGCAGUGUUAAAUUAAUCUGUAACUCGGGCUUCCCAUAUAGGGUAAAAAUGGCUGAUACAUGUCAUCCUUUUCACUGGAUGCCACCCACUGUGUGGCGUUCCUGUGCUUUCUGGGAGCAGUCUUUGAAGGAACUGGAAGUGUUUGUCUUUAAUGGUUACAAAACGCUAUAGAUGACAUUUUGUGGAACAGAAAGUUUCUGAAAUACACAUAUUCCUAACAAUGGUGCAUUACCUGGAAAGUAAAAGAGAUUUUGAGGCAUCCAGAAUGCCUCAAUGGGAGCUUGGGCUGCUUUUACUCUGGGGCCCUUUGAGGCUGCCAAGGCAUUGCUUUUCUGCAGUUAGUUGAAAGCAGAAUCAAAAUGGCGGUUUUACACAUAGCAUUAUGUUAUUCAGCAUAUCCAGUGUGGUGUCGUGGUUAAGAGCAUGGGACUGGGACUCAGACGA